AUGUUUACCUAUAGCCUGUGGAUCGCCUAUAGGAUACAAUCUUUUAGGUUAUAUUUGUGGAUUACUUAAAAUAGGUAUUAGAAUAGGUACCUAGAAGUCAACGUAUAACAUUUUUCGGAUGAAAGGAACUUACUUUAAAUCACUAAGAAUAAUAAUUCGAAACAUGUCCCAUUCAGUUAUUUUAAAUAAUGCAGAAAUUGCAGAAAAUCGAUUGGCCGAUUUGAGAAAAAAGUUGGAUGAAGUGAGAAAAUUUAAAAUUGAAGAAGAAAUCAAAUCCUUAAUGAAGGAAAACAUUGUCCUUUCAUCUAAAGUUGUAAAGGCAAAGAUAGACCUGAUAAGGCUGGAAACACGGCAAGGCAAAAUACAGUAUCAGUUACCAGACAAAUUAUUUAUAACUUCAGAGUCUUCAGUUUUAAAAAGUACACUAGGACCAAUCGCACAGGAAACUAAGAAAGCGAAAAAAGAGCCAGCCAAGAAAAAAGAAAAGCCUGAAAACACCUCAUCUAGUGUUGACUCUGUCGUAGACAUACGUAAAUUAGAUCUUAGAAUUGGUAAAAUAGUUGAUAUUAAUAAGCAUCCUGAUGCAGACAGUCUCUAUGUUGAAAAAAUUGAUUGUGGAGAGGAUAAUCCACGCACAGUUGUAUCUGGGCUUGUUAAUCAUGUGCCGAUUGAUGAUAUGAGGGACAGAAUUGUUAUGGUCCUAUGCAAUUUGAAACCAGUGAAGAUGCGAGGAGUAACAUCUGAAGCAAUGGUUAUGUGUGCUUCAUCACGUGAAAAGGUAGAAGUUCUAAUACCACCUGCUGGAGCCGUUCCUGGAGACCUAGUAUCCUGUGAAGGAUACCCUCGGGAGCCUGAACCUCAACUAAACCCAAAGAAAAAGAUUUUUGAAACUUGUGCCCCUGAUUUGAAAACAGAUGAUAAAAAAAUUGCCUGUUAUAAGGGCAGUCCUCUGAUUGUACCUGGUAAAGGACCUGUAGUAGCUGCUACUCUUCAUGGUGUCAGUGUGAAAUAGUCUAUCAAUCUUAAUAUUUACCGUCUUAAAAUCUGUUAUAAUGAUAUUGAAGGGACUACUCAUUGUUUUAAAGUAAUUAUUACAAUAGAAUUCAGCUGGGUCCUUUGAUGUUGGUCAAUAUAACCAGUAUUUUGUUCUAAACAAUGUCAUUGUAAACAGUUUUGACUGUAAUUUUAUAAUUGUUUUUAUAUAUUUUAUUUAAAUAAAUUAAAAAAUAUUUAUCUUUAAA